AUGAAGGUGAUCGGUUGGACAUGUUGGCUCUUGGCCAUGUGUAUCUGUUUCUCCGAGGCAAGGAAUAAAUUAAGAAGACCGCCUCUAGCCCCUUUGCCUCAUGCACCACCGAUAUUCAAGAAAUCAUGGCCUAUUGGGCCUAGAAUUUCAAUGGGAAACACGAUACACAUUGGUGGAAAUUUUCCUCAUAAAAGAAUAUCUUAUAAACCUCCAAAUUAUAGGAUUAGACGACCUCCGACGUUCAAUAUUCUUCCUACUACUUGGAAAACUCAAAUGCCAGUUCUCGGGAUUUUGAACAAUCAUGCUGUACUUCCGCAACGUCCACCAGUCAAAGAAUUUCAUACGAUGAAUCAAGUUCCAGAAUAUAGUCCGGAAUAUAGACCUGAACCAAUGAUAUUGCCACCGACUCAUCGAGGUAACCUCGAUGACGAUAAGGGUCCUAUUCAUACGAUACCUGCACCUAAUCUGAGCCCAGCCGAUAAGCCUUACAAUUCUGAUGCUAAUUCUGGACAAAAGGCCAUUACUCAGCAUCAAUAUAGUAACGAUCUCAAUUAUAAUCUCAAUCUACAAGGUAAUACAUUGGCAAAUGAUUUUGGAUUAGCGACUAUUGGCACCAGCUUGGCACCUCAACGAACUGUAACUAGUCCAACGCCUAUUCAACAUCAAUAUGAAGUGACAGAGGACAAUGAUCUAGCUCAAAAGGAAUAUCAUACAGUCCAACCAACAUUUUUCACUCCGGAAUUCGAUGUAACCAGGUUGGCUACGGUAGUCAAUCCCGAACUACAAACCAACGAAGUUUUCCUCAAUCAUCCACCCAUAACCAACACGGGCCUAGCGAAUAUUCAAUUCGGUCAAACCGACACACCAAUGCAAACAAACUUGCGCAGUUCUCUUCACGUUGGCUUUCCUGGUACCGCCACUCAAGCAGCCAAUACGAUUGGCAAUCAAAUUCCUGAUUUACACGUUGGACAUCCGGCACCAGCUGGACCACCUUUAUCCGCUACUCAACUUUACGAACUCUUGAACAGCUUUCCGAAUAAACUUACGGAACAAUAUACGGCAGGUCAACAGCCUCAGUUACAACAACAUUUAUUACAACAACAAAUUGGCCAACUUCUCCAGCCCAAUGGAGUUACGAGUUUCUCUCAACCACAGAUGCAUUCCUUUAACUACGAUGAGCAAGACAAUCAGCAGCAGCAGCAACAGCAGCAGCAACAACAGCAGCAGCAACAACAACAACAGCAUCAACAAUUACAACACGAACAACAACAGAUAUUAUUAGAUCAAAAUUUCGCAUCUGGUAGAGUCACUGCGGAUUACAAUUUGGAGGCAGAACCUUCGAAUAUACAACAGACUGAUAUACAGUCUGACGAGGAAUUAAGCUAUACUGCUGAAGUACCGAUUGAACAAACAGAAAAUAAUAUUGAUUAUGAGGAAACGAAUAAUCGGGCUGGACAAUCCACGUAUUUCAGCAAAGUUACCAAUAACGGAGGAUUAUCGACACAAUUUUACACAUCUUUGCCUAAUCGCGAAGCUGCAGAGAAAUUAGCUGCAUUAGCUGCUGCUGGAAAUGUAAAUAGUCAGUUAAUUGGACAUCUACGAAAGCAACAACUGGAGAGACAACAGCAGAGCGAAGUUAUGCCGCCCAAUCACAAGGACGAGAGUUAUCAAGAUACUCAAGAGCAACAAGAGCAACAACAACAACAACAAUAUGAAUCACAGUAUGAGCAGCAACAACAAUAUCAGCAACGUAUUCAUCAUGAACAGGCUGAAAAUGAAAGACGUGAUAAACAACGUUUUCUACAACAACAACAACAACAACAACAACAACAACAACAACAACAACAACAACAACAACAACAACAACAACAACAACAUCGACGAAGGUUAAACCAACAAAAUCUUAAUCAAGAAAAACGACCCUUACGAAUAAUGGUACCUGAUGACGAAGAAUACGUGAACGAUUCUGAUUCACAGAACGAAGAGAAAAUAGAGUAUGAAUACGAGAUUGACGAAGGUGACACGAAGGAUUCUCGAACUACCACCUCGUCGAACGAACGACUUUAUGAACAAAAUUCGAAAUAUGAAUUUGGUACACGACUCAGAUCUAAGACUGGAAAAUGAAAAUAUUUAUUAAUAUAAUAUUUGUAUAUGAUGAUUAUUUAUCGACAAAUUUUAGGAUAUUGUUAACAGGUGAUUUCCAUGCUCGAAAUGAUUAUGCGAAAGGAGCGAUCGAUUCCAAUAGCUUUUGAAUCAUUCUUCAAUAGAUAUCUUUCAAAAGCGAUCGUACGAAUCGUCUAUUAAUUUAUUUGAUAUUUAUUUAUUGUAUUUAGGCUAUUUGUUAACUUAUUUAUUUUUAUCUGCAAGGAAAUAGAAUAUUUCCAUUGUCCUACAUAAUUUUAAUCUUUUAUUUUGAACAUCCCGCGCAAUUGAAAGGUAAACAUUAUACUCGUAUGUACAUAUUUAUCAACUUGGUGAAAUAUUAGUAUAAUACAGGAGUCAGCAGUUUUUUCCCUUUUUAAAAAUAAAAAGUAAGAUUAAAGAAACGUUGUUGGACAAGGCCAUUUCCAUUGGCUUCUUUAGCCGGGUUAAUCACUUUCAUUUUAGAAAAAAUUUUUUUUUCUAUUAAUAAAACAAACACAAAAAAAAAAAAAAAAAGAAAAAAGAUCUUAAUUUUAAUCGAUGAAAAUAAAAUACGCACAUCCUGAUGACGUCAUGCAAUUUGUCAUUUUUACAACAAACUGUACUACGAUUGAUCCAUGAACCAUGGUUUACCAUUGUUUGUCAGACGUUUUGUUAGAAUAUCACAACCCUUUUCUGUGACUAAAAGAGUAUGUUCGAAUUGUGCUGACCAUUGUCCAUCUGCUGUAACUGCUGUCCAAUUAUCAGGCCACAUUUCAUCUCUCCAUGUACCUUGAGAUAUCAUUGGCUCUAUCGUGAAACAAUGACCAGGCUUCAUAACCCCUACUGCUUUAUUUUCUAAAAGAAAUCAUAUACAUUAAUUGUAUCAUAAUAUAUUUAUUGAAUUUUAAUAUAAUAAAUAUUACUUA